CAGCCAGCCAGCCAGCCCCGGGAGAGGCGGAAAGGAGCCAACUUUUGUAGCCUUCUUUUCCGCGAAGUCCGGCGGAGUUGGGGAGGCGGCGGCCUUGGCAGCAUCAUGGGAGCGUGUUUGGGAGUCUGCUCUUUGCUCAGCUGCGUGUCAUGCCUCUGCGGCUCAGCCCCUUGCCUCUUAUGUGGCUGCUGCCCUUCUACAAAGAACUCCACCAUAACCCGGCUGUGUUUCACCUUGUUCCUGUUCCUGGGCACCUUGGUCUCGAUUAUCAUGAUCAUUCCUGGAGUAGAGGCUGAACUCCACAAGCUUCCUGGGUUCUGUGAAGGAGGCGCUUCGAUUCUGGGCACAGAUGGGAAAGUCAACUGCAAAUCCUUCCUGGGUCAUAAAUCUGUGUACCGCAUGUGCUUUGCAACAGCAGCUUUCUUCUUCCUGUUUGCCUUGAUGAUGAUCUGUGUACGGAGCAGCAAAGAUCCACGGGCAUCGAUACAGAACGGGUUCUGGUUCUUCAAGUUUCUGAUCCUGAUUGGAAUAACCGUGGGGGCCUUCUACAUCCCCGAUGGAUCGUUCACAUCUGUUUGGUUCUACUUUGGAGUGGUUGGCUCUUUCCUGUUCAUCCUCAUCCAGCUUAUCCUGCUGAUAGACUUUGCACACUCCUGGAGUCAGGUUUGGCUGCACAACGCGGAUGAAGGCAAUUCCAAAUCCUGGUACACAGCCCUCUUCUUCUUCACCUUCCUCUUCUAUGCCGUCUCCAUCGCAGCUGUGGUUCUCCUCUAUGUGUAUUAUACGAAGCCAGAUAACUGUACAGAAAACAAGGUGCUGAUCAGCCUCAACCUCAUCUUCUGCGUUGUGGUCUCUGUGCUGUCCAUCUUGCCCAAGAUCCAGGAUGCUCAGCCCCACUCCGGCCUGCUGCAGGCUUCCAUCAUCACCCUCUACACCAUGUUUGUCACCUGGUCAGCCCUCGCCAAUGUGCCAAACAAGUAUUGUAACCCAACCCUUUUGGUACGAGUGGAGAACAGCAACACAACAGCUGUGUCAGAUGGUGGACUGAUGACACAAUGGUGGGAUGCUCCGAGCAUUGUGGGAUUGGUGAUAUUUGUCCUUUGCACGCUCUUCAUAAGCAUCCGGUCCUCCGAUCACGCACAGGUGAAUAAGAUGAUGCUGACAGAGGAGAGCCCAGCGAUGCUGAACGGGAACACCCCAGCCUUGGAAGACGGGGUACACCGGGCUUAUGACAACGAGGAGGACGGAGUGUCUUACAACUACACCUUCUUCCACAUCUGCCUCCUCUUGGCCUCCCUCUACAUCAUGAUGACCCUCACCAACUGGUACAGACCUGACGAACAUCACCAGGAACUCACCAGUCCGUGGACUGCAGUCUGGGUGAAGAUCUCAUCCAGCUGGGCUGGGCUCCUCCUCUACACGUGGACGCUGAUUGCCCCCAUUGUGCUGCCAGACAGAGAUUUCCACUGAAAGACAUCCCCAAACACUUCGCCAGCAAAAGAGGUCUUGCUGCAAGGUGGAAGCCACAAGGAGGAGCCUUGAAAUUAGAUCUGGGCUCUUUGGUCCCUGUGGGCAUUGGAGCUGCUGCCGUCAUCCUGUUCUUCUGCAUUCAGACUUGUGCCUUUUUUACCACCCUUGGUUUUUAUUUCUAAGGAAAGUGAUGCCAAAAAGGGAUUUUCUGUUGCUUGUGUGAAAUGCUGGAUGGUUAAGAAAAUAUAAUAGGAAGGAGUUGUUUGUCACUGUUGGCAGUGACCUUCGGAACAUGUUAUGGAAUAAUUAAGGAAACCCAUAAUGUUCUGCACUGUCUUUAUUUCUGAAGAAUGUUCUGAAGAAUCAUUUUAAAAUGUAGCUGUCUUAAACUAACUCUCUUAUACCGAUAUGCCUUUUGCCCGGAAGCCUUUUACCUGUGUACCUUUUGAUACUUGACUUUAAAUGGGGUACGGGGGGAGAAAUAUUGAAAUAAACA